AUGGCGGCGCUGAAAUGGAAACCGGAAAUGAGCGUCGGAUCUUCCUCCCCCUCCGGCUCCUCAUUGUCCUGCAUAUCAGAAUGUAAUCACACGGUAAAAAUAAUUUUCUCUACAGUAUUUGCAAAGGCCAUAUACGCCAUAUCGCGCAUCAGUGAUGAAUUUUGGUUUGAGCCUACUGAGAAAGGACUUUCCCUGAGAUCAGUAAAUUCUCCUAGGUCAGCUUAUGCCUGUAUCAUCUUCUCAUCUAUGUUCUUUCAACAUUAUUCCUGUAAAAAUACACCUGAAUUGGGUCUGAAUAAAAACCACAUACGGCCUACAUGUAAAUUAGCAAUAAAGGCGGUCUUGCCUCUGUUUCGGUCCUUAAUCACACUGGAAAGGAAUGUGGAGAAAUGCAGCAUUUAUACAAACUUUAACAAUUACCAUAUUAUUUUUCAACUUUUCUGCAAGCAUGGCAUUGUAAAAACUCAUAAUUUAGCUUUUCAAGAAUGUGAACCUUUGCAAGCUGUGUUUGCAAAGCAUCUGUGCCCGAAUGUACUAAAGGUUCAGUCAAGGCAGCUGUCUGAUAUACUGAUUCAUUUCCCAACCUAUCAAGAUGAAAUUUCUUUAACUGUAACACCAGUAAAAGUUAAUUUCAAGACUUACAUUGAAGAUGAAAUGGACUUGGCACAGGCAAUGAUUACAGAAAUACAUCUCAGCCCAGAAGAAUUUGAAUACUUUCAAGUUGGAAUAGAUUCUGAACUCACAUUUUGCCUCAAAGAGUUAAGGGGACUUCUGGCUUUUGCAGAAGCUAUCAGUGCUCCAGUCGCUAUCCAUUUUGAUGUUUCUGGAACGCCAAUUGCCUUCAGCAUUGAAGAAAUGGUAGCAGAAGCCGAUUUUAUUUUGGCUACCUUAGCAGAUUCUGAACAUGAAGCAACCUCUCACAAACCCAGGUGUCUUCCAGAAGGCCAGAAACGGAGCCCUACAUCAGGAAGCAGCAAUCAGAUCAUAGCACCCAGCAGAAAUAUUCAAAGUACGGAAACAAGUCUAGCAGAUGGCUUCAACAUUAUGAAGGAACAGGUGCCGCUUCAUCCCAGUUAUAACAAGUUUCACUCCAUGUUUUUUGGAGCCGUUUCAUCAAAGGAGCAAGAUAACACUCAUGUAUUCCACAGUUUGGCCACAGCAAGUGAUGCUGAAGAGGAUUUGGACAAUCAACAACUUUCCCCAACAUUUUAGUGAUGCAAAAUAUCUGACUGCUAAAAGUGAUUUCUAUUGUUAUUAAGCUGUUCAUGUAUGCUUGGCAUACAGAUAACCUGAGUUUCUUCCUGUCUCAAAAGUAUGUUUGUACUGUUGGAUACCAUUGUUUUACAAUGUUUAUAAACAUUGCUUCUGGACAAAUACUUUUUAUUUUCAACUUGUCACAUUCUAAUUUCUGAGUCACUCUUUAAUUAAAAAGUCAGGCAUGUCUAGUCAGGCUCAAUGCAAUCAGUUCAUGCUUUUCAUCAUAUUUUCAGGCAAUGUUUAAUGAAGGAGAGCUUGGGAGGCAAAUGACUGAAUGAAAA